CGUGAGUAAGUGCACGACGGGUGGUCAGCUGUGAUCGGCAAUGGUUUCCCCUCACCGGGACGCCCUGCCCGGUGAGGGGAAAUCACCUGGUGGGAUGACAGAGAGUGAAGUCUUCAACUUGAAAGCCUUUUUCUAACUAAUAUAUAUCCCCCCCCUUCCCUCAACGGUAAACUAUACGUGCGAUUAAUCUUAAAUCCAUUUCGUACGAAAUAUUUGGCGAAGAGGUUGGAGAGAGAUCAACUGUUUUGCGGUUCGUGUUCAUGUUGAGGUGUCAUGCUUUCGCAGGCAGCAGUCGGCGCUUCCGGGAUGCAAAAAUUGUCCUUCCAUCGAAAUAGUUUGAGUUAUCGUCAUGAAAAGACGAUACCCUACGUUUGUUAUUCUACAAAACAAGAGGGAUGUUGUUAACCUACCAACCGGUCCUGAUUCCUUUUUACCACACAAACACGGAGCGGUGACUAUACCCAAGUCAGCUCAUACGUCUGGAUGGACGUACACGUUACACGAGAGAAGACCCGUGUAAACAACCCUAAAGUCAAACGAUAUUCGGACAACAUUCCGUUUCACCCAUCAACGCCUCCUACCCGGAGUGGGGUGGCGUACAAGUUCGUUUAGCAACAGAGUCUCGAAGAUUGGGGCCUCUUGUUUUGAUCGCAUAUAAAUAGCUGAGCGAGAAUUGACCAUGUUCACCUGUGCUUUAGUCGCUGCCUUUUGGCUUUUGAUGGUGGCACCGAUCGACCAGAUCCACGGAUCACCUAGUGGAGCACCGACUGCUGCCUGCGAAAGCAUGACACCUGGCCAUGGAUACGAUGCUCAAAGCAAUUCGUCUCCCUUCAACACUGAAAUUCCGGCCGGAAUGAUUGCCUUCAUGGAUGAUCCUGUGCAUCUGGAACUUCGUGCUUCGUCUGGAACCUAUUUCAAAGGUUUUCUUAUAAUGGCAUUUGAUAAGGACGACAAUUCUGCCACUCCCAGACCGAUUGGUACCUUCAAACUGAUCGAAGGCAGCGAUGGUCAAUUAAUGAACUGCGGCAGUGGCACGAUGAACGCAGUCACGCACACGAAUAACGUCGGGAAGAAUCUAGUGAGGGUCGACUGGCAACCACCGAAAUAUUACAUGGGCACAGCCAUUUUCAGGACCACUUAUGUGCAAGACGUUAGCACCUACUGGGUCAAGACGGAAUCCAUAACUGUGACGUUCGUCAUGCCGGACGGAAGCACCCACGACCCUAUGAUGACUAUGAGAGCCGAUAAAAUGCGAUUCCUUUUGUAAUGAGCCUUUUACCUGAGCUGGCCAAAUAAAAUUAUGAAUAGAA